AUGCCGGAGCAUUCUUCUCCAAGGAACCGAGAUGGCGAAGACGACGCAGCAACUCAGGCUCGAAAUCGACAGAUGCCAGUGGUGAAUAAAACGGAGAACUGCGGCCCGAGAGGACGGACCAACAUUCAAUUGAAGGCUAACCAUGUUGCAGCUGCGUCACCAGACGUCGAGCCCACUCGCAGGUCAACUAUCAACGGUGUCUACGACGUCCAUCACAGGCUCACAGCCAACCACGCUCCUCGAAAGGACCUGCUCGAGGCCUAUGGCACUGCGGUCAUUGUCUUUGCCUGUAGAGUGUCGCAAGUUGUUGUCCGUUGCGUCGCCAUACGCCGGCCGUCGACGUCCAUGAAGAGGAACGAGGCCUUUUCGUACGCCAGCAUGUUGGUUGCAUCGCACGACAAUGCUAUGGAUGGGAGCCUGUUCGUGGGCGACCGCGGCAUCAUGGACACACUUUUUAACAAGCCCAUGUCUGUCGUGCCGGAGAACAAGGCAGUGCACUGGGCCGCGUCGUGGUUCCGACUAUCGCAUCUCCUGCAGUUGGCUGCCAUGACAUUUGUGGCGGCGCAAAAAGGCUGGGAUGGCGUGUUCCUUCCUGGUGGCUCUCGUCGGCAUUCAGUGGGUCGUCCAUUCUACACCGCGAGGACCAUCACUGGUUCGGGGCUGGCCUGA